AUGACCCCGAAACUGGAGCGCGUUCUAAACUCUAGCUUUUUCUUCCUUCUCGCCCUUAUCCUCUUCGGUCUGAUUCUCCUCACACCGGUCGACGCCAUCUACCAAUGCUAUGAAACCAACCAGCUCACUGAUAUUUUUUUCAUAACUGGCGCCUAUGUCAUCACAUUCAUUCUCGCUGUCCUCAUAUACUCGACUCGAAUCUACACAAACAGGAGUACCUUGGCUGGUAUCCCGAAGGCAUGGAUACCCGUGGAGAAAGAAGAUGUGAGCAAGAGCGUCCGCCGCAUGGUGAAAGAGGGACUUGCUCGGAGCGCAGUGAUCUCAUAUCAGGCUCGGCCGCGCGACAUCUCGGGAGAAGUGGACAGCUUUCAGAAUUAUGAACGACUUCUUGUUGACCCUAAACGGCCGCCGUGGGGGCGCGUGGAGCACCCCGGCUGGUCGUCCCCCGCUUCCCCCGACCUACCGGAUCUGCCAUACCAAACAGUCAUCCAGGAAUUGCCCAACCUGAUUGAAGCGAAGGCAGUAUCACUGGCGCCCCCCGACGUCUUCUUUGCUGGGCCGGAUAACUUUGGCCCAGUCGAUGAUCUGGGCCCCCAAUCUUUACCAGAUAUGCGUGUAGUAGAAGUGCUACGGCGACCAGCUUCCAUGGGAUUACGGCAAUACAUCCGCCAUCUGACGUCCUUAGGGGCUAUUGAACCAUCGGGAAUUGGCCCUGAUUUUCUUGCGCUCUACGAACGGGCUCGGUUUUCCUCCCACCAGCUCCAAGAGUUCGAGUUUCGCAACCUGAUGCAAUUGUUUGCGGAGAUCUUGAGAGGCAUGACAUCCCUUGCGCCUCAUACCGUGGAAGACAUUCGCGACAGCGCAAGCUACCGCCGUGCAGAUAGCGAGUCUAUCAUCGGGCCAUCGGAUGAGGAGGGAGAGACGGAUACAGUGGACCAUUACGGGUUUGAUGGUACAUUUGCAUCGAUGCGGAGUAACAGCCUCCGGCCAUCGAAUGCAUCGAGCUGGGAGAACCAAUCGGGGUACGAUACUGCGCCAGCAGUGCAAAGUCCACUUUCUGGAAUGUCACAAGAGAGCGGGUCUUAUCUAGGGCGGGGACUCCGCACUCCGUCGACUCGAUCCUUGCGGCGCGUGCACUCCGGACAAUCCGGCAGUUCUGGAGGAAGUGUGAUUCGGCUGUCACAGCCACAGGAUCGGGGCAAUUUGCCAUAUACCAUCACCUAUACUGGCCGCAGGAAUAAUUGGAAUGGGGGCCCACCUUAA